CCCUAUGAGAAAAAGGGAAAGCUAAGGAUGCUGGAGCAGAACAAUGGAUUUCUCUUUCUCUUUCAUGCAAGGGAUCAUGGGAAACACAAUUCAGCAACCACCUCAACUCAUUGACUCGGCCAACAUCCGCCAGGAGGAGGCCUUCGAUGGCAGCAGUGACCUCGGCGAGGAUGGGGCCCGGACGCCGUACGAGGCCGCGCUGCAGCAAGGCUUCCAGUACCCCCCGGCCGAGGAGCUGCCGCCCCUCAGCAACGGCUUCCCGCCGGCCCUGGGCAGCUACGAGCCCCAGGGCAAGUUCCAGUUCCCCCAGUACCCCAAUGGCUCGGCCAACGGCUUCGGGGCCGGCAGGACCUUCAGCCCCCCCGAGUAUUACCCCGUGGAGAACUCCAGCUCCAACGCCAGGCCGCACGAGGCGCUGGGAAAACCUUCCCCUCCCCAGCCGCCACCUCCUGCACCGCCUCCAGCUCCACAAGUGGGCAUUCCAAAGAAGACUGGCUCACCAGAGAUCAAACUCAAAAUAACCAAAACUAUCCAGAACGGCAGGGAAUUGUUUGAGUCCUCCCUGUGUGGGGACCUGUUGAAUGAAGUCCAAGCGAGGGAGUACGCUAAGGCAAAACACGAAGGGAGGAAAGAGAAAAGGAAAAAAAGUAGCAAGCACGACUCUUCCCGGUCGGAAGAGCGCAAGUCACACAAAAUUCCAAAAUUAGAACCAGAGGAGCAAAAUAGACCAAACGAGAGGCUUAGCACACUCUCUGAGAGACCAAGAGAAGAGGCAGUGCUGGAGGAAGCCCCGGUGCAGCCGCUCGUGCCGUCCCUUCCAGCGCAGGUCACCCAUGACAUCAAGUUCCAGAUUGGGGAUCUGGUUUGGUCCAAGGUGGGGACGUACCCCUGGUGGCCUUGCAUGGUGUCCUGUGAUCCACAGCUUGACGUGCAUACCAAAAUUAAUACGAGAGGUGCCCGGGAAUACCACGUGCAGUUCUUCAGCAACCAGCCAGAGCGAGCCUGGGUGCACGAGAAGCGCGUCCGGGAGUACCAAGGGCACAAACAGUACGAGCAGUUACUGGCUGAGGCAGCCAAGCAAGCCAGCAACCACUCUGAGAAGCAGAAGAUUCGCAAGCCGCGGCCGCAGAGGGAGCGAGCACAGUGGGACAUCGGCAUUGCCCACGCCGAGAAGGCGCUGAAAAUGAGCCGGGAGGAGAGGAUAGAGCAGUACACCUUCAUUUACGUGGACCAGGAGCCAGAGGAGGCUUUGGCUAAAGCCAAAAAGACUGCUGCUGCCAAAUCGGAGGCCAAGAAGAACCGGCGGCCGAAGGUGGCGCCGAGCACACAGCCAGAGCACAGCAGCGCCAGCGUGGGGACAGGAACGGGGACAGGAACAGGGACAGGACCAGGGCCAGGCUCGUCCCCCUCCCACGCCGAGGCGCGCAGGCAGCCCCCGCGCAGGCAGCCCAGCGGGGACGAGGAGGAGGCACCGCCCGUCAAGAUCGCCUGGAAAACAGCUGCAGCCAGGAAAUCCCUACCAGCUUCAAUAACCAUGCACAACCUGGAUCUGCAAAAGUGUAACAUGUCUCCAGUUGUUAAAAUUGAACAGGUUUUUGCCCUUCAGAAUGCUGCUGGGGAUGGAAAACUCAUCGAUCAAUUUGUUUAUUCCACCAAGGGAGUUGGUAGCAAAACAGAAAUAAGCGUCAAAGGACAAGAGAAGCUAAAUUCUUCAUCAGCCCAGAGGAGUGAAAAAGCAGUGGUGCAGAACACGUCCUCUCCUGAGACAACCUCUGGGGCAGCAGGUUCUGUAGAAAAGAAGCAACAGAGAAGAUCGAUUCGAACCCGCUCCGAGUCUGAGAAAUCCACUGAAGUUGUGCCAAAGAAGAAGAUCAAAAAGGAGCAGGUCGAAGCUGUCCCACUGGCAGCAGUGAAGACGGGGCUGCAGAAAGGUGCCAGUGAGAUUUCAGACUCCUGUAAACCCUUGAAGAAGAGAAGUCGUGCCUCCACAGACAUGGAAUUGACCAGCUCAGCCUACAGGGACACGUCUGACUCUGAUUCCAGAGGACUCAAUGAUUUACAGGGCAGUUUUGGGAAGCGCUCAGACAGCCCCUCAGCCACUGCCGACGCUGAUGCCUCAGACGUGCAGUCGGUGGACUCCAGCUUAUCCAGGAGAGGAACUGGAACAAGCAGAAAGGACACUGUUUGUCAGAUCUGCGAGAGCUCCGGCGAGUCGCUGCUGGCCUGCGAGGGCGAGUGCUGCAGCAUGUUCCACCUGGAGUGUCUCGGCCUGAAGGCUGUGCCUGAGGAAAAGUUCAUCUGCACCGAGUGCAAGAACGGGGAGCACACGUGCUUUUCCUGUAAGCUCCCUGGCAAGGACGUGAAGCGCUGCUCCGUCAGCACCUGUGGCAAGUUCUACCACGAGGGCUGCGUGCGCAAGUUUGCCACGGCCCUGUUCGAGUCACGCGGCUUCCGCUGUCCCCAGCACUGCUGCACGGCCUGCUCCAUGGACAAGGACAUGCACAAAGCCAGCAAAGGUCGCAUGGCGAGAUGUCUGCGCUGCCCCGUGGCCUAUCACUCUGGAGACGGCUGCAUCGCUGCAGGAAGCUUGUUUGUGUCAUCCCACAUCCUCAUCUGUAGUAACCAUUCCAAAAGGACUCACUCCUCAUCAGCUGUAAAUGUAGGCUUUUGUUUCGUUUGUGCAAGAGGGCUGGUAGUGCAGGACCAUUCAGACCCCCUGUUCAGUUCCUAUGCCUAUAAGUCCCACUACCUACUGAAUGAGUCAAAUCGUGCUGAGUUGAUGAAAUUACCUAUGAUUCCUCCUCCUUCGUCAGCUUCCAAAAAGAAAUGUGAGAAAGGUGGCAAACUGUUGUGCUGUGAGUCCUGCCCAGCUUCCUUCCACCCCGAAUGUCUCAGCAUAGAAAUGCCUGAGGGCUGCUGGAAUUGCAAUGACUGUAAAGCUGGCAAGAAGCUGCGGUACAAGCAGAUCGUUUGGGUCAAGCUUGGGAAUUACAGGUGGUGGCCAGCAGAGAUCUGCAAUCCCAGGUCUGUGCCUCUCAACAUACAGGGCCUCAAACAUGAUAUCGGGGACUUCCCAGUAUUUUUCUUUGGUUCACAUGACUACUAUUGGGUACACCAGGGCAGAGUUUUCCCUUAUGUUGAAGGAGAUAAAAGCUUUGCUGAGGGGCAAACUAGUAUUAACAAGACCUUCAAGAAAGCACUUGAAGAAGCAGCAAAGCGUUUCCAGGAACUGAAAGCACAAAGAGAAAGCAAAGAGGCAUUGGAAAUUGAAAGGAAUUCAAGGAAACCUCCACCCUAUAAACACAUUAAAUCCAACAAGGUGAUCGGGAAGGUGCAGAUCCAGGUGGCCGACCUGUCGGAGAUCCCGCGCUGUAACUGCAAGCCCUCGGAUGAGAACCCGUGCGGGCUGGAGUCCGAGUGCCUCAACAGGAUGCUGCAGUACGAGUGCCACCCGCAGGUGUGCCCGGCGGGGGAGCGCUGCCAGAACCAGUGCUUCACCAAGCGCCUCUACCCCGACGCCGAGAUCAUCAAAACCGAGCGCCGCGGCUGGGGGCUGCGCACCAAGAGGAGCAUUAAAAAGGGUGAAUUUGUGAAUGAGUAUGUUGGAGAGCUGAUUGACGAGGAGGAGUGCCGGCUGCGGAUCAAACGUGCUCACGAGAACAGUGUCACCAAUUUUUAUAUGCUGACUGUAACCAAGGACCGAAUAAUAGAUGCUGGCCCAAAGGGGAAUUACUCUCGUUUUAUGAACCAUAGUUGUAACCCAAACUGUGAAACGCAGAAAUGGACAGUGAAUGGUGACAUUAGAGUUGGACUCUUUGCUCUUUGUGACAUUCCUGCAGGAAUGGAGUUAACAUUCAAUUACAACCUAGACUGCCUGGGCAAUGGCAGGACCGAGUGUCACUGCGGAGCAGAGAACUGCAGCGGCUUCCUGGGAGUGCGUCCCAAGACAGCAUUUGCAACAGCAAAUGAAGAGAAGGUGAAAAAUGCAAAAUUAAAGCAGAAGAAACGGAAAAUAAAAACAGAACAGAAGCAGAUGCAUGAAGAUAACUGUUUCCAGUGUGGAGAUGGGGGAGAGCUGGUCAUGUGUGAUAAGAAGGACUGUCCCAAAGCAUACCACCUCCUAUGCCUUAACCUGACUCAACCACCUUUUGGAAAGUGGGAAUGUCCAUGGCAUCAGUGUGACAUCUGUAGCAAUCCUGCUGUGUCCUUCUGUGAGUUCUGCCCCCAUUCCUUCUGCAAGGAUCACGAGAAGGGAGCCCUGGUGCCGUCGGCGCUGGACGGCCGCCUCUGCUGCUCCGCACACGACCCCAAAUCGCCUGUGGCACCCGAGUACUGGAGCAAGAUCAAGUGCAAAUUGGAAGCACAGAACGCUGUGGAAGAGGCAAAGGAGUGAAUUUGGUUAAAAACAAACAGGGGAGGGGAGAAGAAGGGCAGCAGGCGAUGAACUCAGAGAUUGCAGUGCCACACUGGGCUUUGUCCUCGGGGCCGUCACGUGUGAACUGGAGGGGGACCAUUGACCUGAGCGAGGAGGAGCAAGCAGUGGUGUUUGCUUUUUAUUGUUUGGUCUUUCUUUUACCCUUGAAUGUGCUACAGCAGCUCUUACUGUGGGAAACCUGGAGCGUCUUGGCCUUUGAAGAAAACCGUAAAGCUUUUGACAGUGAAAAGAAUAUUCUGUUUAAAAUAAUGUUCUUUGAGUGUAGAAAGCAAAGCAUAGCCACAUAUUUAUUUAUUUAAUUUUGAAAGGGUGUUGAAGAUCUGGCUUUGAUCAGUCAUCGUGUCUUUAAAAACAAAGCGGCAAAGCCAACGUAACUUUUGUGUCUAGUUUAUGGCAAGAGCAAAGCCUCUCCCCUCUGUAACGCUGAGAUGCCAAACAGACAGGUGUGGGUGUCAGACCAGGUGACUCUGAAAUGCCUCUGUUCCAGUACUUAUUGUUAAAGGCAUUGGAGAAGGUAGGUUGUCUCUCAUGUUUACUUAGAAUAUUAUUGUGAAGCUUUUCCUGUGAGAAAUCAAGUGUGUGACUUCUGGGAAGUGCUCGUAACACAAGGUGUGGCAGUGGGGAAGAAGUGGUGGCUCCUUGCUCCAGAGCUGCCUUGGGUGUUUGCAGGCAGAUGGGAAAAUUCAGGGUUUAAUUGCACAGUGGUCAUUUCUUUAUCCCACCUGUUUUGGAAACCUCUCAGGCAGGAGAGGCUCCGAGCCUCAGUCAGUCCUGAGUGGGUUCAUCAUCUGCCACAUCUGCCCUGCUUUGGUGACAGUUUCUGGGUGUGAUCUUCAGUCCUGCCUUCCCAGGCUCCCCUGGGCUUCAGGGAGACUUGGGCAGGUGAAGGACCUGACCCAUGUACGUGUUGGUUUCGAUGGAAUGUUAAGAUUUUUUUUUUUGUUGAGAGAGAUCUUCUAACUUUAAUCUUCAUUGUUAAUGGAGCUGAGGAACAUCUCAGCACUUCCUCAGUGAACAGGGUAUUUUGUGUCUGGGUAAGGGGCCACAUCCCAGCAGCCAGCUGAUGCCUCAGGAUAUUGUUCUGUCUUGGAUUUCCUCUGUUAAUCAGAGACAGACUCCUCCAGUGAGGCUUUCCAAGUGGCUUGUGUUGGCUCUUGCUCCAGAAUUUUUUUAGAAAACUUAUAUUCCUCCAUUUUUUUUUGUGCAAGGUGGGGCACUGGAACUAGUUUAGGUGACUCUUCCCCCCCCAGCCCAUGAUCUCACCAAGCACUGUGUUCCCCCUGCCCUGGCAUGGUGAGUUCUUCUGACCUGUGUACUGAUAAUAGCUACUCCCCGCCAGCCUUUGCUUGUGGGUACUGAAAAUAAUCAAGUGUUGCUGGCAUCUGGCUGAAUUGAGCCUUGGAAUUAAGAACCUUGUCUCUGGAAAACUGCUUACACAAACCUGUGGGAACACAGAGACUUCUCAGAUCAAGAAAAUAGGCUGAAAAAGUCUGUGUGGGAUUUAGAACAUGUCUUGCCUCUGCCUGGUGUCCUUCUUAUCCUCAAAGUGAUGUACAGGGGGAGUUUUUGUGUGUGCAUGGUGAAGUGAUAGAUACACUACAGCCCCAGAGCAGCUGCCCACACCUCCCUUGGGGUGACAGAACCCACAGGUGCCUGGGGCAGCAGUUUUUGGGAUCCCUAAAGCACUUCCUGCUGUGGGCCAUGCUGCAUUGAGGGUCCAACACUAACCCUGCUGGAAAGCAGUGCUGGAUUUUGGUAUUUUUAAAGAAAAAAAAAUUACAAAAAGGAUUUUAUUUUUCUUAAUGUUUUGUGUGAGAAAUGUCUCUUUUUAAGCUCGUAUUGAGGAUGUUUAACCUUCUCAGAAAUUCCAAACACAGCUCUUGCUACCACGUCUGUAGGGCCUGAGGUGUUCACUUUAGAUUAUUUAUUAGGUUUGAUAAUGUUCAGUGAUUUUCUCUGAAGUCAGAGCAUUCUGGUAUUGCAGAUAUCAGCAGAUAUAUCUUUAUAUAUAUAUGUAUAUCUAUAUAUAUAUAAUAGAUAUGUUGCUGAUACCAUGCUGCUGUGUGAGUGCACUGAUCUGGUCCCUUCAUUCUGUGUCUGUGAUGCCCUGCUGAGCAGAGGGACGUGGUGUGGCCGCACCAGGACACCUUGGGAGCCACAGACUGUCAGUGGCCACCUUGGCCAGGGCACAGGACACAGGGAGGGCACAGAAGGCUUAAAACUUCUCAAAUACUGUGAUGGAGGCUGCUGCUUCUCUGUGCCACUUGAUGUCUUGGUUCACUUUGUGUUCAGACUUUUUAGAGAUGCUUCUUUUUUCCACCAAAAAAUGAUUCACAGCAGCUAACAGUUGGACUUGGACUCAGAAGGGAAAACAGGAGAGGUUGUUCAGUUUGUGAACAAAACUCUGAACUGAAGGUGAGUCUUUCAAAGAGCUUUAACAUUGUUAGAUGAGAAAAGGCCAGUUCAGAUGAUCUUGGUGACUGCAGGGGCUGUUCUGAGUUAGACAUCAGACUCAGAUGUUAAAAUGCACAUUUUAACCAUGUCUUUGUAAACUGAGUAACCAGAAUGUAGUUUGCUUAGUGCAGCUCCUUUGUAAGGAAAAGAUUGCACAGCUGUUCUGAUGUAUUGGCUUCAGCAGAGUGGGAGGCAGCUGCUGAAUUAAUUUGUGUGGGCUCCAAAAUAAGGCAUCUUGGAUAGUUGGGUCAUUUUGUGCUGAGACCUAGAGGAAAUGCACAGAACUGGUGAUUUUAGUGGAGAGCUGGAAUGUGAUGUACCAGCACAUUGCUGUUCCUUCAUAGGAACACACUGGUGUGUACUUCCCUUCUGUGUUCAGUUUUUGGGGUGGCCCUGCACUUCUGGUGACCUCCCUGCCCUGCCCAGGGAACAAGGUUUGUGGUUUACUGAAGCUUUUCCUCUGCAGCUGCGCUGGGCACAGUGCAGGUAUCCUGCAGCCCGUGGCCAGAUGGAUCUCGAAGCAAGAAUUCCAGGAUGCUGUGAUUGCUGAGGUUGGUUCCACCAUCCCUGAACACAUGGUGCAAGCAUUAGCUGUUGUAGCUGUCAGAUUCUUGUAUAGAUGUGUCCUGUCUAUAGACUGUUGAAGGCGUUUGCAGCUCAGGAAGGAAAUUUUGUGGGCAAAUCACCUUCUCUGGUCACCACAUGGUCUUGGAGAAUCAGUUCUAAUGGAGUAGUAGGGCUGGAAUGUGCAUUUUUGGCCUUUCUUCUUAAAAAACGCUUCUUUUAUCUUGAUUUCAGGAUAGAAUGGGAAAGACACAAUUACUAGACAUAAUUAUCAAUGAGCAUAAAAUCUGUAUAUAUUGAAACUUGACAGAAUGAUGUGGGUGGGGAGGGGGAGGGUGGGAUGGGGUGUCCGGCGCUGGUACGGAGAAGUCACUUUAACAUGGAAACCUCUGCCUCAUUGAAUUCAGGGUUUAAUGUACUUGAAGCUCUGCAGUUCCUUUUACAGCUUUUUUUUUUUAAUUUAUACAUGAUUUUUUUUGUAUACUGCAUUGAAAAUGUCCUUGACUUCCCCCAAGUUCCCUCCUGCUCCCGCUGUACAGUGGAUCUGUGGCAAAGGGGAGGGUGUGGAAGCAGCGUCUUGGAGCUGUGUGUUCACCAGGUGUUGUGUGGGAGACAGUGACCUUGGAGCAGUGCUGUCCCUUCCCAUUGCCAUCAGCUUUCCCCACCAUUUCUCUUUGUGUAGCAAAAACAUUUGCACUUACCAUACACUCCUACACGUUGGAUGUAUUCCCAGUGUUGUUCCGAGGGAAAAAGGAGGGGAAAAAAAGGCAAAACAGGAAGAAAAGAAGAGCUGUUCCCUGUGAUGCUGUGUUUCUGAGUGAGCAGCUCAGGUCUGUGUUCCCCUGGGAGGGGUCUCGCUGCUCCAGAGCAGGAGGUGGGGAGCUGGGACUGUGCUUUGUGUAGGGGAUUUCUGUGAUUAAUGUGAAUAAAAAAGGGAAAACAUGUAUGAAUUUGCCAAAGCCAUUUACCACUCCCUGUGGCCCGGGGCUGUGCCCUCCCUGUGCCACCAACAGGUCCAGGUGCAGGCAGCAGCCUGGGGUCCCUCUGGGGAUCACAUCUGUGUGGGGUCUUUCUGGAAAUCCCAUCUCUGGGUUCCCUCUGGAGAUCCCAGCUGUGUGGGGUCCCUCUGGAGAUCCCAUCUCUGGGGUCCCUGGGAGCCCCCACCGUGCAGUUCUCUCUCGCUUUUGGGCCAUAACCAGACUGGAUGAACCCCUUUGCUCCCUGUUCCGGUGGAUCCGUGUCUCAUUUCUGUGUCACUUUUCCUUUCCCGAGAAGCUGCAGCCCCCGGGGUGAUCCUGUCCCGUCUGAGCCGGGGCUGGGGGCUGGCUUUGGGGUGCUCUGAGGAUCCCCACCCCUUCGUCUCCACGAGUGAUGUUGCACAACACAGAUCCCCGCGGAUACGUCUCCAUCCCCACGUGCUCUGUAAGAUGGACCUUUGUAGAGUUGUUAUAUCUGUAGACUUUGUUUAUCUGUAACAAACUUUGUAGAUUCUGUGAAAUGUUAUUUUAAGGAAAUCACUCGAGUCUUUAAUAGCAAAGCAUCGAUACUCACCGAAGUCGGUAUAGAAGAGUUUUUGGACGCAGACGCAGCCCUGACACUGCCGAGGAGUGUCUGAUUCCACGGGGCAUUACUGUAUCAUGACUUGAUGUUGCCGCAUAGACUUUGAGAUAUCCAACAUUUUGGGGGGUUUGUGUUGGCCUCUGUCCUCUUGCAUAGUGUGAAGCCUGUAAAGCUGGUUCCCUGUACAUAGAUAGCUCCUGUCCUCUAGGUAGAGCGUAUCGAGACUUGCCUGUAAUAUUUUAGCUUCUUACUGACUGUGUGUGAUGGUAGAACAUAUAAUUUUUGUACAUUCUAUUUACUGAGAUGUUGCUUUUUUUUUUUAUUUUAUUUUACAAAUACUCUGGAAUUCAGAUGUGGGUUUAUUGGACUUUGUUUUUCUUGUUUAUUUUCCUUUUUUUUUCUUUUUUUUUUUUUUCCUUUUGGUUUUCCAUGAGGAUUCCUUUGGAAAGGUUUUUAAUGACAUUCCACUGAUCUGAAAUUUUUUGCUUGAGGUUGACUUCAAUAAAUCGUUCUGAAUGUUCCACCGCUG